AUGGAUCGAAGUUGGAUGAGAGCAUCACGCAUCACUGCUGAGUAUGGGACUGGGGUGGAACAGUUUCUCCAAUUUACCGAAAUGCAUGCACCCUCCUUGCGCGGAAAAUAUUUUUGUCCAUGUGUAAAAUGUGCAAAUGGUAGACACCAGACGCUAAGUGAGAUAAGAUCACAUCUAAUAUGUCACGGGAUGAUUCCAAAUUACACAAACUGGAUAUGGCAUGGGGAAUUGCCAGACAAUCCAACAUUGUCUCACACUGAGGCAAUCGAUGUAGAUACGGGUUGUCGUAUAGAAGAAAUGAUUCGCGACCUAGGGCAAGAUGGUUUUCGGCAAGCACAUGCUCCUUUGUAUGACAAAAUAGAGAAUGAUUCAAAGACUCCUUUGUAUUCUGGGUGCACAACAUUCACAAGGUUGUCAGCGGUCUUAGCUUUAGUCAACUUGAAGGCACGAUUUGGCUGGAGUGACAAGAGCUUUACUGAAUUGCUAGUGUUAUUGAAAAAGUUGCUUCCUGAAGAUAACACGUUGCCAAAGAGUCAAUACGAGGCGAAGAAGAUCUUAUGUCCAAUGGGAAUGGAGUACCAGAAAAUCCAUGCAUGCCCAAAUGAUUGCAUAUUGUAUAGAAAUGAGUAUGCAAAAAUGCGCACAUGCCCAACAUGUGGUGUAUCCCGCUACAAGGUCAAAAACCAUGAAGAGAGUGAUGUUGCAACCGCAGAGAACAGUCAUCCAGCAAAGGUUUGCUGGUAUCUUCCAAUAAUACCAAGGUUUAGGCGAUUGUUUGCUAAUAGAUAUGAUGCAAAACAGUUGAUGUGGCAUGUUGAAGGUAGAAAAAUUGAUGGAUUGCUCCGACAUCCGGCUGAUAGUCCGCAAUGGAAGGCAUUCGAUGCUUUGUAUCCUGAUUUUGGGAAUGAGACCAGAAAUCUAAGGCUUGGUCUUGCCUCCGAUGGAAUGAACCCUUUUGGUAACUUAAGCACCAGUCACAGUUCAUGGCCUGUUUUGUUGAUGAUUUAUAACCUUCCUCCUUGGUUGUGCAUGAAACGGAAGUACAUAAUGCUUUGCAUGAUGAUAGCAGGACCAAGACAGCCCGGUAAUGAUAUUGACGUGUAUCUAGCUCCGUUGAUUGAAGACCUACGAACAAUGUGGGAACACGGGGUAGAUGUUUGGGAUGGGAAUUUGCAGGAGACCUUUAGGUUGCGUGCAAUGGUUUUUUGUACCAUAAAUGACUUUCCAGCAUAUGGAAAUUUAAGUGGUUACAGUGUGAAAGGCCAUCACGCAUGUCCUAUAUGUGAGAAAAAUACAAGUUUCGUCCAACUAAAACAUGGAAAGAAAACAGUAUACACAAGGCAUCGAAGAUUUCUGAACCAGUUCCAUCCAUAUCGACGAUUGAAGAAAGCUUUCAAUGGAUCUCAAGAAAAUGAAAGUGCGCCAAAACCGUUAAAUGGUAAAGAAGUACAUGAUCGUGUCAACGACAUCAUAACUAUGGGAAGACGCAAAAGAAAACCAGUAGUGAGACAAACAUCUGGAAGAAAAGGCAAGACAAAGGAUGGUUUGAAGUGUCGUCAAGACUUGGUUGACAUGGGUAUACGGGAGCAGUUACAUCCAAUAGCAAAAGUUAGGGAGAUCCGGUUGUGUGGUCCUGUAUUUUUGCGGUGGAUGUAUCCAAUUGAAUGGUACAUGAAGGUGUUAAAGGGGUAUACCAAGAAUCAACAUCGACCAGAAGCUUCAAUUGUUGAAAGGUAUGUUGCUGAAGAAUGUAUUGAGUAUUGCUCGCAGUACAUUGAAGCUGCUAAAUCUGUCGGGGUACCUGAACCUCGUCAUGUGACGACACCAGUUGGCAAGGGUACACGAGGCUACAAUGUUGUGACAAUGACUCGCCACGAGAUCUCACAAGCACAUCUAUAUAUAUUGAAUAAUACAGCAGAGGUAAUUCCAUACAUAGAUGCCCACAAAAAAGAAGUCGCCGCACUUAACCCAAGAUUCAACAUGAUGAGGGUUUUGCAAGAGCACAACAGAACUUUCAUGAAGUGGUUUAGACACACAAUAUUUGCUGAUGAGGCUACUUCCAAAACAUUACGAUUGUUAGCUCUUGGGCCAAAUCUAAAUGUUCCGACAUGGCAAGGGUAUCACAUCAACAAUUAUUCGUUCUAUACUAAGUCCCAAGAUGAGAAAAGCUCGAUGCAAAAUAGUGGGGUGACGGUUGAUGCUGAUUCGGAUCACUUUUGCAGUGCAUUAGACAACAAUCCUAUUCGAGCAUCCAUGCAUUACUUUGGAGUCAUUGAACAAAUCUGGGAGCUUGACUAUACUGAUUUUAGAGUGCCCGUGUUUAAGUGUAAGUGGAUCAAUGCCCGUACCGGUGUCCGGCAAGAUGAAAUGGGAUUUACCUUAGUGGACUUCAACAAGGUGGGUUACAUGGACGAGCCUUUCAUUAUGGCACAACAAGCAAGACAAAUAUUUUAUGUCGAAGACCCUUGCAAUUCAACAUAUUCAGUGGUUCUACAGGGAAGACCUAGUGGUUUAAAUGACGCACAUGAUCCAACGAUGCUUGAUAUUUGUGAGACACCACCUUUUUCGACAGCUAUGCCUAAUAUGAAUGAUUCACACUAUGUUGACGAUGUUCAUGGCAACCCCACCAGCGUCCCCUCUGCAGUCAAAUAUUCAGUCACCAACGAAGUGUAG